GAGAGCUGACUGCAGAAAACAGCUUUUGGCACAAAGGAUCGCAACUUCGGCAGUGCCUUCACCAGGGUCUUCACUUAGGAACUGUGCUGGACAAUUUAAAGAAGUGCCCUCUAACUUGUACAUUUCUGGAUUUUUUCUUUAAAGAUGGGGAUUAGAGGUUUUAAAUUAAUUUAUUUUGCAACAUUUGUUUUGUUUCUGAGUGUUUGCAUUUCUGGAGCAAAAAGAGAAAAGCCAGGGCAGAAUGGUCAGGACCCAAAUGCAAACAAAAAGACACCUUUGAAUGUUGAAGAGGACAGCUUUGAUCAAGAUGAUUCACAAAAACGCCCUCAGCAAGAAGUAGUGUUUCCUUUGGAAGACAGUACGGAUGAAGAUAGAGGAUCCACGAACACCUCAACUGCAAGCCCUUUGUCUUUCACGGUGAUUUUCAAUUCCUCAAUGUCUGGAAAUGAAAACAGCAAUGAAACAACUGGUGAAGAAAUCCCUAAUGGCAAUCCAACUAAAAGGAGCAUCACAAAAAUACACAAUCCAUUGUUUCCUUUCACUGACAGCUCCUACAGUGCCUAUGGCAUUCUCUUUCUUGCCUUUGUGGUGUUUGCCUUUGGUGUUGUGGGUAAUUUGGCAGUAAUGUGCAUUGUUUGGCAAAAUUACUUCAUGAGGAGUACUUGGAACUACUUUCUCGCUAGUCUGGCGUUUUGGGAUUUCCUGGUAUUGUGCGUCUGUCUGCCUAUGGUGGUCUUCAAUGAACUCACCAAUAAGAGGCUGCUGGGAGAUUUCUCCUGCAGGGUUGUGCCUUUCAUAGAGGUAACAUCACUAGGUGUGACCACUUUCAGUCUGUGUGGUUUGGGUAUUGACCGUUUCCACGCUGCAACAAGCUCCCUGCCAAUGGCCCGACGGGUUGAGCGCUGUCAGAAGAUCCUGGCCAAGCUGGCCGUGGUGUGGAUUGGCUCCAUGCUGCUUGCAGCUCCAGAGCUGCUCCUGUGGCAGCUGCAUCAAGUGACACCACAUACUAUGGGCAACCAGGUAGACACCUGCAUCAUGAGUCCAUAUCCAGAUCUCCCAGAAUCUAUCUAUUCUCUGAUUAUCAACUACCACGACGCACACAUGUGGUGGUACUUUGGCUGUUACUUCUGUCUACCUGUCUUCUUCACCCUGCUCUGUCAGUUGGCCACUUGUAACGUGUCUGGCGGGAGCCAAAGUUCUCCCAAGCGGUCGGAGGACCAAUCUCCAUCCAAAAAACAGAAGCUUCAGCAUGCUCAACAAGUUGAGCGACAGCUUAACUGCACGGUCAUGGCUCUAGCGGUGGUCUAUGGAGUUUGUAUGCUACCAGAGAACGUUUGCAAUCUGACCCUGGCUUAUGCACCCAUCCAGGUGUCAGAGGAGGUGUCUUCUCUUUUGACCCUAAUAAAUCAGUUUUUCCUUUUCUUUAAGUCGUCUGUGACACCCGUGCUGCUGCUUUGCCUGUGCAAGUCUCUGGGUCAGGCAUUCAUGGACUGUUGCUGCUGCUGCUGUGAAGAAUGCCAACCAAGCAACUCUUCAUCCACCCAAAAUAUUGCAGAAGGCAAGCUCAUGUCCUCCAACGAUGUGUCCUCCAUUUUUUUUGACAAAGCCAAGGACAGUACGACCAUCUUGUCAAUUGGUAGCUGAGUAGGCGGAUCCCGUCCCCAACUAAUCAUGAAAUGAAUGGAGCCACACCUACCACCUACCCUCAUCCCAUUAUCCACAAGUGUCCAUCUUUAUAUUGGAAGUUUCCACUGUUAAUUUUGGUGCAUGUUUGCACUGUUCACAAAUUUGAGGCCAUUUUAUGCAAUUUCUAUGGUUUGAACAUGAACUCUUAAUAGGAAAAGACCAUUUCAAUCAGGAGCAAGUAUUAAACUUAGCUAAGAAAAUUAUAAAGCUGAGGUUUCAUUCCAUUACAUCUCAGGAUGGCAUAAUAUCUACUAUCACCUGGGUCUCAAAUGAAGUUAUUGUAGUUAUUUAAUUUCCCAAACUCAUAGUUCUACUGUUAUGAAGAUACAAUUGUUAAUUAUAUGCAUAGUUCCAGGUAUUUCAAUUUAUUAGUAAAAACACUCUGUGAAAAUGCAACCAGAUCACAAAUAAUACAUAUUGUUCAUAUAUAUGAAAACAUGCUAAACAAAAGCUUGGUAAGGCUUGAGAGUAUUUGUCUGUUAGGCUAAAGUUAUUUAUCACUAACUUUAAUUAAUAAUACAUUUUUCAUAACCACUGAAUAUUUGUUCACACUGUUGAUUUCCAAUGUCUGUAUAUGCACUCAGCUGUAUCAUUAGAAUGUAAAUGGAUCAUUUUUAAAACAGCAAAAUCCUUAGUAGUAGUAGUAUGAAAAGACAAAAAUGUAAUGGUCUCUCCUCAGUGGACUAUUGUAACUUUUGCACAUAGUUGCUUUCAUAAGCAAAUUGUUUUAAAAGUCCAUAAAACGUUUAAAAACUCAAUAAAUACCUUUCAAUAAUU